AAGAAACAUGCGGUGGACUGAUGAGAAAAACCCUCGUCAGAUUUGUCUCUCUUUCUCCUCCGAACUCUCAUUUUGCAGAGAAGCUAGGCCUCCAUGAGCUCUCCGUCUUGCUUAACAACACUCGGCCUACCACUCUUCACAACAAUGGCAGAUCUCAUAGGCUUCUGCUCGUACUACCAGAAUCGUCGCAGCGCGGUUCAAUUUCGUGUUACUUCCAUAAUUCGAGGUGCGUUUCUACCUCCCUUCCGCCUCGUGAAUGGAUAGAACCCUUGAUUGAUGUUUCUGAUCUCGUCGUAAACAUUAAGAAUAUGGAACCUUCGCCUUGGAUCAAUCGUAUUGUUUCUUUACUCGACGGUUCUUCGAGCAUGGAGUCCAAUUUGGAUGAUUAUUGCCGGAAGUUUUUAAUCAAGUUAUCGCCCAACUUUGUAGCUUAUGUCUUAAGGUAUACUGAGCUUAGGGAAAAGCCUGACCUUGCUUUUCGAUUCUUUCAUUGGGCUGGUAAGCAGAAGAAUUACUCGCAUAAACUCGAAUCGUUCGUUUCGCUGAUUGAUGCUUUAUCUUCAUUGGGCGAUUCCGAGAAGAUUCGGUAUUUAUUCGCCGAAAUGAGGGACAGGGAAUUCGUAAUGAGCGCGUCCGCAUCGCAUUCUCUUAUCAAAAGCUUCGGAGUUUUGGGAAUGGUUGAGGAACUAUUGUGGGCUUGGCGUCGAAUGAAAGAGAAUGGAAUUGAGCCGACCUUGUUUACAUAUAACUUUUUGAUGGAUGGAUUGGUGAAUUCGAUGUUUGUUGAAUCUGCAGAGAGGGUUUUCGAGUCUAUGGAAGCUGGAAAAAUUCGGCCUGAUGUAGUGACCUAUAAUACAAUGAUUAAAGGGUAUUAUAGGACAGGGAAAACUCGUAAAGCAAUGGAAAAAUUCAGAGAGAUGGAGGUGAAAAAUAUUGACCCUGAUAAGAUUACUUAUCUAACUUUGAUCCAGUCGUGCUAUUCAGAGGGGGACUUUGAUUCAUGUCUGGGUCUAUAUCAUGAAAUGGAAGAGAAGGGGUUGGAAAUCCCUCCUCAUGCUUAUAGUUUAGUGAUUGGAGGGCUCUGCAAGGAUGGUAGACCUGCUGAAGGAUAUACUGUUUUUGGAAAUAUGGCUAGGAAGGGUUGUAAAGCAAAUGUGGCAAUUUAUACUGCUUUAAUUGAUUCCUUUGCAAAGAGUGGGAACAGGGACGAGGCGAUGAGGCUCUUUGAUAGAAUGAAGGAUGAGGGGUUUGAACCAGAUGAGGUCACAUAUGGAGUCAUUGUUAAUGGAUUAUGCAAGGCCGGGGAGUUGGAGAAGGCAAUGGAGUAUUUCAACUUUUAUAGAGAGAAAGGGAUGGUGGUUAAUGCUGUACUUUAUUCUAGUCUUCUUGAUGGCCUUGGAAAAGCUGGGAGAGUGGAUGAAGCAGAGAAGCUUUUUGAAGAGAUGGUUGAGAAAGGAUGCACACAGGAUUCAUACUGCUAUAAUGCACUUAUUGAUGCCUACACCAAAUCUGGAAAGAUUGAUGAAGCAUUGGCUCUUUUUAGGAAAAUGGAGGAUGAAGGUUGUGAUCAGACAGUAUAUACAUACACAAUCCUCAUCAGUGGUUUGUUCAGAGAACAUAGAAAUGAGGAGGCACUGAAGUUGUGGGAGAUGAUGAUAGAUAAGGGUAUCACACCUACCCCUGCUUCUUUCAGAGCUCUUUCAACAGGGCUUUGUCUUUCUGGCAAGGUUGCCAGGACUUGUAAGAUAUUGGAUGAGCUAGCACCCAUGGGAGUUAUUCCUGAAACAGCUUUUGAGGAUAUGAUCAAUGUGCUAUGUAAAGCAGGCCGUGUUGAGCAAGCCUGCAAGUUGGCAGAUGGAAUUGUUGAUAGAGGUAGAGAGAUACCAGGAAGAGUUCGUACACUUCUAAUCAAUGCCUUGAGAAAAGCAGGUAAUGCCAACUUGGCCAUGAAGUUGAUGCAUAGUAAGAUUGGUAUAGGUUAUGACAGAUGGGGUAGCAUUAAAAGGCGAGUGAAAUUCCGUAUGCUCUUGGACAGUUGAGCAAUUGAGGGUGGUGUCAAACACAUGGAGGAUUACUAGCAUGCUGAGGGGAAUCAUGGCCAUUAAAGCUUGUCCUGUUAAAUUGCUUCAGUUAAUUGAAUUGUUGUCUGUUCGUGCCCCUCCUGAUGAAGCAAAACUGAAGUUGCUGAAAGAAAUAGCAAAAGAACAUGGUUCGGCGUGGAUCCAGCUGACUCUCCAUAACACUUGUCACAGACUUUAGUAGAUUACCAGCUUUAUCUUAUUGAAUGGAAUAUGUCACAGACCAUCCAUGAUCCAAGUGUUCUAUUCAAUGGGCUAACGAUCAGUAUUUUAAAAUAUCAGCGGUUAAAUUGGCAAAAUAGUGAGUAACAGUUUUUAUCUUAUUGAAGGAAUCAUAGAGAAGACAUCAGCGGUUAUAUCUUCUGCCAAGGUAAAUUGUAUUUGUAUCGAAGGAAGUGCCAAACAUAAAAAAAAAGUAUUGUACUCUACAUUUUUCAGAAACAAAUUAGUUGAGUUUUUUCUCACAUGAACUGGAUGUUAAUGUUGUAAAAAAGUAAUGAUUAUUAGAGCAAACAUGUAUUUUCUGACA